GGAAGGCGUGGCGGGGCGAGAGCCCGACAGGCGACUCCGGCCCUGUCGCGGAGAAGGCGGGUUAGCCACCUCCGCCGUCGUCAGUGCCUCCCGGUCCGCGCCGCGCCUCGCCAGCCGGGACAGGGUCGCCGUCAGGGAGCCCCAGAGCACGGUCCCCAGUACAGCAUGAUGGACUCGGAGCUACCGCCGCCGGGACUACCGUCCCAGCAGGACAUGGACUUGAUUGACAUACUUUGGAGGCAAGAUAUAGAUCUUGGGGUGAGUAGAGAAGUAUUUGACUUUAGUCAACGACAGAAGGAGCAUGAGCUUGAAAAACAGAAAAAACUUGAAAAGGAAAGACAAGAACAACUCCAAAAGGAGCAGGAGAAAGCCUUUUUUGCCCAGUUACAACUAGACGAAGAGACAGGAGAAUUCCUCCCCAUUCAGCCAGCCCAGCACAUCCUGUCAGAAACCAGUGGAUCUGACAACUACUCCCAGGUUGCCCACAUUCCCAAACCAGAUGCUCUGUACUUCGAUGACUGCAUGCAGCUUUUGGCAGAGACAUUCCCAUUUGUAGAUGAUGAUGAGGUUUCUUCAGCUACGUUUCAGCCACUUGUUCCUGAUAUUCCCAGCCACAUCGAGAGCCCAGUCUUCACUGCUCCUAAUCAGACUCAGUCAAAUCAGACUCAGUCAAAUCAGACUCAGUCACCUGAACCUGUUGUCCUUCAGCUAACCAGUGCCGAUUUAGAUAAUAUGCAGCAGGACAUUGAGCAAGUUUGGGAGGAGCUAUUAUCCAUUCCAGAAUUACAGUGUCUUAAUAUUCAAAAUUUCAAGCUGGUUGAGAGCAGCACGGUUCCAAGUCCAGAAACCAAACUGACAGAAAUUGGCAACAGUUAUCAUUUCUACUCCUCAGUACCCCCACUGGAAAAAGAAGUAGGUAACGGCAGUCCACAUUUUCUCAGUACUUUUGAGGAUUCCUUCAGCAGCAUCCUCUCCACAGAAGACCCCAACCAGCUGACAGUGAACUCACCAAAUUCAAAUGCCACAAUAAACAUAGAUUUUGGUGACGAAUUUUAUUCUGCUUUCAUAGCAGAGCCCAGUGUCAUCAACAGCAUGUCCUCUUCUACUUUCAGCCAGUCACUCUCUGAACUUCUAAAUGGGCCCAUUGAUGUUUCUGAUCUAUCACUUUGUAAAGCCUUCAACCAAAACCACCCUGAAAGCACAACAGAAUUCAAUGAUUCUGACUCUGGCAUUUCACUGAACAGAAGUCCCAGCAUGGCAUCCCCAGAACACUCAGUGGAAUCUUCUGUCUAUGGAGACACACCACUUGGCUUCAGUGAUUCCGAAAUGGAAGAGAUAGAUAGUGCCCCUGGAAGUGUCAAACAGAAUGGUCCUAAAACACAGCCAGUACAGUCUUCUGAGGAUGCAGCCCGACCCCUGUCACCGUCUCGGGGGCACAGUGCUCCAGCACAUGAUGCCCAGUGCGAAAGUACACCCAAGAAAGAACUGCCUCUAAGUCCUGGUCAUCGCAAAACCCCAUUCACAAAAGACAAACAUUCAAGCCGCUUGGAGGCUCAUCUAACAAGAGAUGAGCUAAGGGCAAAAGCUCUCCAUAUCCCAUUCCCUGUAGAAAAAAUCAUUAACCUCCCUGUUGAUGACUUCAAUGAAAUGAUGUCCAAGGAACAAUUCAAUGAGGCUCAACUUGCAUUAAUUCGAGAUAUACGUAGGAGGGGUAAGAAUAAAGUGGCUGCUCAGAAUUGCAGAAAAAGAAAACUGGAAAACAUAGUGGAACUGGAGCAAGAUUUGGAUCAUUUAAAAGAUGAAAAAGAAAAAUUGCUCAAAGAAAAAGGAGAAAAUGACAGAACUCUCCAUCUACUGAAAAAACAACUCAGCACCUUGUAUCUCGAAGUCUUCAGCAUGCUACGGGAUGAAGAUGGAAAACCUUACUCUCCUAGUGAAUACUCCCUGCAGCAAACAAGAGAUGGCAAUGUAUUCCUUGUUCCUAAGAGUAAGAAGCCAGAUGUUAAGAAAAACUAGAUUUGGGAGGCCUUGACAUUUUCUGAGAUAGUGGGUUUUUUCUUUUUUGUACUGUUAUACUAAGUUCCUACUGUGAUGUGAAAUGCAGAAAUAUACUUUAUAAGUAAUUCUAUGCAAAAUUAUAGUCAAACUAGUAUAGAAAGUAAUAUAAAACUUUAAGAAGCAUUAAAAUAAGUUGUCAGUAUGCUGAAAUCAGUUUCACUUUAACUGCAAACUUAAUUUCUUAGUACACCAUACAUUCUAUAUACAUGUAAAUACUACAAAAACUUCUUAUAUUCUUAUCUCAUUUGUUACAUCCAUAGAUCUAUAUGUUUUGACAUCUGGCUAAAAGCAAAUUAUUGCAAAACUAACCACUAUGUACUUUUUUAUAAAUACUGUAUGGAAAAAAAAUGGCAUUUUUUUUAUAUGAAAUUGUUUAGCUCUGGUUAAAAAAUUAGUUGGAAAGCUGGUACUAAUAAAGGAAUAUUGUGAUUGUUAAA